GGACUUGAUGAUGGUUGCGAAUAAACUUCAAAACCAUGACACACGUCGUCGACUGAAAAAAAAACGGAACGUAUUCCUGUUUAUGUUUACGUUGUUUCUUAAAAAUUUCCUACUCGACAAUUAGCUAUGGCAGAACAUAGACCCCCAUACGACCCAGGCUGGAAUGAUCCACCAACAUUUAACUACUCGACUGCUCCACCACCAACGAAAACCAAAUUGAACCUGAACAAACGAGUAGCCUUUCCAAUGCAAUCAUCAUCUAACUCUGCCGAGUUACCAAAAGUUGAAAAAAGUACAGCCGGUCUUCCAAUGCCGUUCGCAAAAGUCAAAUCAAGUGCCAAUGAAUCAAACACGGUACCACCAAUAAGUAACAAUGUUCCACUGGCUCCACCUCCCUCCGUGACAAACGCAUUCAAAUCAUCAGAAGGUUGUGAAAGUAGUGAAAAGGUGUCGGUUGUAUCCGAAACGAAUGAGUCUGGAAGUUCACAGGAGCUGGUGAUGAGUACGCUUAAAGAAAUAAACAAAUCCCUAGAGGCAACGGACAGCACCAAGGUUGAAGAAAUCGAGAAACGUCUCAGCAUUUUGGAAGUGAUGUGGACUGAUGGAAAGAUCGACGAUAAAUUGAAGAGUUUGUUGGCGAAGACAGCCAAAGCACUACAAGACAAUCAAUUUUCUGCAGCAAUUGAUCUGCAACGAUCAAUUAUUGUGGAUCAUGGCGCAAAUGUUUGUGCACAAUGGGGACCCGCCUUGAGACAGUUAAUUUUACUGAAGGAAAGUAAAAUAGCUCCAAAAUCGGAUAGUGUUCCAGAUGCGUCUGCUGUCGAUGAACCGAAAUUUAUGAAUCCGCUUGAUGAGGAAAACAGUGGCAGUUCGAAAACUGUUGGUAGAGUGAAACAUCUCUGAUGCAAUUCACGGUUAAUGAAGACGAUGGUGAUGAAUAUGAAAUGUCUAUCGAGUUGUUAUUAAAUAAUUAUUUUAAUGUGG